AAAUUUAAUAUAUGACAAGGCAAGGAGUCAUUCUGUCCAGACACGAGCAGCCGGACAGACUUCCACACUGGCCACAGAGCCUUCCUUUCUGGGGGGCCCUGGCGAAUGGGGAAACUGAGGCCCAGAGAGGGAGGGGCGCGGCCCAGGGACAUACUCUGAAGCCCCUCCCUCCUUUACCCUCGGAGCCCCGCCCACCCCAGGGUCCUCCCUCUCUACUUCCAUUCUUGGUUCCUUCCCACAAUCGAUGCUAACACGCCCCGCCUCCAAGAUCACGGAGGCCCCGCCCCGCCCCGCGAAUGCGGCCCCGCCCCACGGGGCUAUGCAAAUGAGACGCCAGGAGGCCCCGCCCCUCCCUCCACCUCGGAGUCUGCGCGGCGCGGCCAGGCCGGGCCGACCGCGUCUCCGUCUCCGCGUCUGUCAGCCUGGCUGGCAGUCCGUCUGUCCAUCCCGCCGCGCCGGGGCAGUCUAGGCGGAGCGGGGGCUCAGGCGGCGGCGGCCUCGACGCGGUGAGAGAAUGAGUGUCGUGGUUGGGGUGCUGGACCCAGAGUGCCUACCCUUGCCUGCCUGGGUCUCAGUUUCCAUAUCUGCACAAUGGGGGUGACCAUCCCUGCCCUGCUGGCUGCCAGGAGCGGCUGUGAGUCUUCGGGCGUGGAUGCAGCCUGGGGGAAGCCAUAGGGCGCUUUCACAGGCACACCCCCUGGGACUCCCACUCCCCUCCACCUCUGCAGGCCUGGCCUUCACCAUGGCGGGAGGGAGACCACAUCUGAAGAGGAGUUUCUCCAUCAUCCCCUGCUUUGUCUUCGUGGAGUCGGUGCUGCUGGGCAUCGUGAUCCUGCUUGCUUACCGCCUGGAGUUCACGGACACCUUCCCUGUGCACACCCAGGGAUUCUUCUGCUAUGACAGUACCUACGCCAAGCCCUACCCAGGGCCUGAGGCUGCCAGCCGAGUGCCUCCUGCUCUUGUCUACGCACUGGUCACUGCCGGGCCCACCCUCACGAUCCUGCUGGGAGAGCUGGCGCGUGCCUUUUUCCCUGCACCACCUUCAGCCAUCCCAGUCAUCAGGGAGAGCACCAUCGUGUCCGGGGCCUGCUGCCGCUUCAGCCCCCCAGUGCGGAGGCUGGUCCGCUUCCUGGGGGUCUACUCCUUCGGCCUCUUCACCACGACCAUCUUCGCCAACGCCGGGCAGGUGGUGACCGGCAAUCCCACGCCACACUUCCUGUCCGUGUGCCGCCCCAACUACACGGCCCUGGGCUGCCUGCCACCUUCUCCGGAUCGGCCGGGUCCCGACCGCUUUGUCACUGACCAGGGUGCCUGCGCCGGCAGCCCCAGCCUCGUGGCCGCCGCGCGCCGCGCCUUCCCCUGCAAGGACGCGGCCCUCUGCGCCUACGCGGUCACCUACACAGCGAUGUACGUGACUCUCGUGUUCCGCGUGAAGGGCUCCCGCCUGGUCAAACCCUCGCUCUGCCUGGCACUGCUGUGCCCGGCCUUCCUGGUGGGCGUGGUCCGCGUGGCCGAGUACCGAAACCACUGGUCGGACGUGCUGGCUGGCUUCCUGACAGGGGCAGCCAUCGCCACCUUUUUGGUCACCUGCGUUGUGCAUAACUUUCAGAGCCGGCCGCCCUCUGGCCGAAGGCUCUCUCCCUGGGAGGACCUGGGCCAAGCCCCCACCGUGGACAGCCCCCUCGAAAAGUUAAGUGUGGCCCAGGAACCCGAGGUCUGCAGGCCGCAUUCGACACCGGCACGGCUCACCCCAUCCAAGUCGCAGAACUGCGCCCGCCGUGGCCACCUGAUCCCCAGCUGUGUCUCCUCCAGGGCCCCAGCCAUGUGUUCGUCGCCCCGUGUGCCCCGUCCUCGAUUGAGGUCUGAGCCGACGCCCUUGCCCCUGCCCCUACCCCUGCCAGCGCCCACCCCCAGCCAGGGCCCCUCGCCUUCCUCCCCUGGACCUGGGGGGCCAGGCGGGGGUGGUGGACGUGGCCGGAAGCUGCUGCUGCCCACGCCCCUGCUGCGGGACCUGUACACCCUGAGUGGACUCUAUCCCUCCCCCUUCCACCGGGACAACUUCAGCCCUUACCUGUUUGCCAGCCGUGACCACCUGCUGUGAGGCCCGACCACCCACCCAGAGUCUGCCCAGUCCCCACUUCUUCCCUGCCACGCGUGUGUGUGCGUGUGCCACGUGAGUGCCAAAGUCCCCUGCCCCCCAAGCCAGCCAGACCCAGACAUUAGAAGAUGGCUGGAAGGACAUUUAGGAGACACCUGCCUCUCUGGCCCUCUGAGAUAUCCGAUGGGCACAAGUGGAAGGUGGGCACUUGCCCUUACUAUUGCCCUUUUAAGGGCCAAAGCUUGACCCCAUUGGCCAUUGCCUGGCUAAUGAGAACCCCUGGUUCUCAGAAUUUUAACCAAAAGGAGUUGGCUCCAGCCAAUGGGAGCCUUCUCCUCACUUCUUAGAAUCCUCCUGCAAGAGGGCAACUCCAGCCAGUGUUCAGCGACUGAACAGCCAAUAGGAGCCCUUGGUUUCCAGAAUUUCUAGAGUGGGUGGGCAUGAUUCCAGUCAAUGGGGGACCGCCCGUGUCUAAGCAUGUGCAAAGGAGAGGAGGGAGAUGAGGUCAUUGUUUGUCAUUGAGUCUUCUCUCAGAAUCAGCGAGUCCAGCUAUAGGGUGGGGGGCAGGCUCCCCCAUGGCAGGGUCCUUGGGGUACCCCUUCUCCUCUUAGCCCCUCCCUGUGUGCGGCCUCUCCACCUCUCACCCACUCCCUCCUAAUCCCCUACUUAAGUAGGGCUUGCCCCACUUCAGAGGUUUUGGGGUUCAGGGUGCUGUGUCUCCCCUUGCCUGUGCCCAGGUCAUCCCAAACCCUUCUGUUAUUUAUUAGGGCUGUGGGAAGGGUUUUUUCUUCUUUUUCUUGGAACCUGCCCCUGUUCUUCACACUGCCCCCCAUGCCUCAGCCUCAUACAGAUGUGCCAUCAUGGGGGGCAUGGGUGGAGCAGAGGGGCUCCCUCACCCUGGGCAGGCAAAGGCAGUGGGUAGAGGAGGCACUGCCCCACUUUCCUGCCCCCUCCUCAUCUUUAAUAAAGACCUGGCUUCUCAUCUUUAAUAAAGACCUGUUUGUAACAGAA